AUAGAAGAUCAUCAUCGUCCUCAAGUAGGUUACAUCAAAAUGGAACCAGAAAACCAAAAUCCAUACUCCAUUAACGUCGAUUCCGACCUCAAAGCCACCGAAUUCCGCCUCUUCUCCAUUUCCUCCCCUCACAUGAAAGCCUUUCAUCUAGCUUGGUUCUCUCUCUUCGCCUGUUUCUUCUCCACUUUCUCCAUCCCACCACUCCUCGCCGUCAUCCGUCAAGACAUAAACCUCUCCGAUUCCGACAUCGGCACCGCCGGAAUCGCCUCCUUCCUCGGUUCCAUCUUCUCACGUCUAGCCAUGGGUCCAAUCUGCGACUUCAUCGGCCCACGCACCGCCUCCGCCGUCAUCUCCAUCCUCACCGCACCGGCAAUCCUCUCAAUGUCAUUCGUCUCCACCGCAAAAUCAUUUAUCCUCAUCCGCUUCUUCAUCGGUUUCUCACUCGCAAACUUCAUCGCAAAUCAAUUCUGGAUGAGUUGUAUGUUCUCCGGCAACGUAGUCGGCUUAGCCAACGGCUUCGCCGCCGGUUGGGCCAACGUCGGCGGCGGUUUUACCCAACUUAUAAUGCCUUUAAUUUACUCAUUCAUCUCCAAUUUCUUAAACAUCCCAUCUUCUACCGCCUGGCGUAUUUCCUUCAUCUUCCCUGCAAUCUUCCAAAUUCUCACCGCCGUUUUAGUAUUAACCUUCGGACAAGACCUGCCGGACGGAAAAUACAAAAGACCACCAAUUCGAAAUUCAAUCGAUCCAAUUAACAACAAAAGGGUAGUAAUCGACGUUAUCUUAAAUGGGUUUUCAAAUUACAGAGGAUGGAUAUUGGGUUUGAUAUACGGAUCAUGUUUCGGCGUAGAAUUAACUACCGACAACAUACUAGCUGGGUAUUUCUAUAACCGGUUCGGCGUUGAUGUAAAGGCGGCGGGGGCGAUUGCGGCGAGUUUUGGGUUGAUGAAUUUAGUGUCAAGACCGGGUGGCGGUGUGAUUUCAGAUGAGAUGGGGAGGCGAUUUGGGAUGAGAGGGAGAUUAUGGGGGUUGUGGAUAGUAUUAGCAAUGGCCGGAGCGUUUUGCGUUUUGUUGGGAAGGGUAAACUCGUUAUGGGGAUCGGUUAUAGUGAUGUGUUUGUUUUCAUUGUUUGUUCAAGCUGCUUCUGGUCUGACAUUUGGUGUGGUUCCUUUUGUUUCUAAAAGGUCUUUGGGAGUGAUAUCUGGUAUGACGGGAUGUGGUGGGACGGUGGGAGCUGUGGUGACGCAAUUGGUUCUGUUUUCAGGAUCGCAGAAAUUCUCGACACAAGAAGGAAUUUCUUUAAUGGGGAUCUUUAUGAUUGCGUCAUCUAUGUCUAUAGGUUUCAUUUACUUUCCUCACUUGGGUGGAAUGUUUUGUGCCCCUAAUUCCCUCUACCCAUCUGAUCCAAACUACCAUUUGCUCCAUUAAUUAUUUGUUAUUCAAAAAAAUUGUAGCAUUUGGGCUGGCUGAUGUUAAUACUAUAAUUGGCACAGAUUAGUC